AAAAAAAAUAAGAAAAUAAAAAUUAUUUUUUUAAAAAAAAAAAAAAAUUAAAAAAAAAAAAAAUGAGCGAAAUCCACGAAACAUUAUCAAAAGUUAUUAAAAGUUCUUAAUGUUAAGACACAAUUUCAAGAGGACUUCACGAAGUUUGCAGAGUUCUUGAAGCAAAAUAAGCUUUAUUCGUAGUUUUAGCUGAUGAUUGUUCAGAAGCUAACUAUGUUAAACUUGUAAAAGCUCUUUGCAAAAAAAAUGAAAUAGGAUUAAUUACAGGAGUCAAAAGAACUGAAAUCGGACAAUGGUUAGGACAUUUCAAAACUAAUGCUAAAAAUGAAGCUAAAAAAAUUAGAGGAUGCUCUUCUUUAGCAAUUAGAAAAUAUGCUCCAGAAAUUACCGAAGAUGAAAAGAAAGUAGUUGAAGGAGCUCUUAAAAAAUGAAUAAGUUUUUAUUUUUUAAAAAGUAACUUCUUUGCUAUUAUUAAAAUAUUAUUUUUUUAUUAUUUUUUAUUGGAAAUAAUAAAUGUAUUUAUAUAAAUUUUCAAAAUAUUUAAACGUCAAAAAU